ACACACACACACACACAUACACACCCUUUUGCAGUUCAGCGUAACUAUGCUAACAGUUCUAACAGACCUCGCAUGAAAACAAAAACCAUUUCCUCUCAUGACUGCAUGACUAAGUACUGAGGAGAACUGAAGUGUGAAGUUUGUAUAUUAAUAUACUGACUUUUUGUCAGAAAGCAAAUAUUCAGAAGCAUUUCUGGUGUAAACUGAAAUGGAUUUCAUCAGCUUUUGCAGCUCACUCAAGUAAUCUAAAGGAUAUCUGCUGGUUGCUACUGUACUUCAGACUAUACAUGGAAUAUGGGAAAGUCAUGCCUCAGAGAAGGAGACGAGGUAUGUCGUAGCAGCAAACAAUGGCUUCUGAGUUCAUGCAGAAAAGCUAAGGACAAACUGUACUACUGAAGGAAUAUGAACUCAACCAACAAUGCCUCUAGUGACUCUAGUGAUCAAUUAAUUAUCAGUAGAGUAAAAGCCACCACAAACCUGAUUGCUUUCAUAACGACUACGACAUUCAUGUGUUUAAUUGUACAGACAGUAUGGCAACAUUUGGAUUUAAGGAAAGAAAUCCGGCAUAUGCUUUUAUGCCAUCAUUUGAUAUGCAUUGCUGUGUAUUUUGGACUUGGUUUCCUAUUCUAUGGAAUUCGUACAUUAAAAUUAAAUGCACCUGUACUUCUUUGUUGGAUCACUUUUGCUGUCCAGACAGCAUUUGGAAGAGGGAUCUUAUUAACACUGACAUUAAUGGCUGUGAAUACAUGCAUUACCAUUUGCUGGCCCCUGAGAUACCUUUCAUUUGUUCAUGCCGUCGGGAGAAAAGUAAUGGCACUUCUAUGGUUUCUUGCAGUAAUAAACCCAAUAUGGUCAACGAUAUAUGAAUUACAAGAAUCACAUCCAGGAUAUGUUUAUGAGAGAGACCCAUCCUGCCCAACAUCUUUGGGUAGAUUAGCACCAAGAAUUGGGGGAGGUAUAUUUAUAUUUACACUUGUCAUUAUCAUUGGACUUAGCUACUGUUUCAUAUAUCGAGAAGGAAAGCAAUCUGGACAUUUUAAUCAUUCAAAUAUUCGAGCUAGAAGAACUAUUCUAAUUCAUACUCUGCAGUUAAGUUUCCAUAUCAUUCCAGUAUUUAUUUUGAUAGUGGCACGGAAAAGGCUUAGUCCUACUUCUGAGAUAGCAAGCUAUAUUAUUUUCUCAGUUGCCCAGAGCCUUAGCCCUGUAAUUUAUGGUUUCAGAUGUAAGGAGAUUCGUAACAAAAUGAAAUGGAUGGAUUCAAACAGCUGUUUAUACAGCAAGAUGGAAAGAACUUCUUUUGCGAUGUCCAGGCUAAACCAGUCAGUAGCCUCUGUAAUUAAUGAUGAUCACCUUAACUCUUCAAGUGCAUCAGCACCCUAACUGUAUCAUUACUUCAUCAGCACCCUAACUGUAUCACUACUUCAUCAGCACCCUAACUGUAUCACUACUUCAUCAGCACCCUAACUGUAUCAUUACUUCAUCAGCACCCUAACUGUAUCACUACUUCAUCAAAGAUGCAACAGUGUGGAAGCAUUACAUUUAAUAUGUGCUGUUAAAAGUGGAUGUUUCAUAUCAGUACUGCAAGCCUGCUAAAAGGCAAUUGCCCACAAAGGUUUUAUGCUGACUCUGUUAGUAAUCUGUUUUGUCACAGCUAGAUUAUGCCUUCACUAUCUGAUGUUAACAGACACAUCCUACAAGAAAAGAUGUUUUUAUGUCCAUUUAAUUUACAUCUCAAGGAAAUGGAUAGUAUGUGAGAAGAAGAGACUCAUUUUAUGUACAGUAGCACUCUUUUUACAGUACAUGCAGUAGGGUCUACCCUUCCAUAUGUUACUGCCAAUGUUCCUCAGUAAAACUUUCUGUCAUAAUGAAUAUUCUAUUGGUCUAUUACCUCAUAAGAGAACCUGAUAUAAAUACCCAACAGAAAACUAAAACUUUUGUAAAGAAGCAAAACGCCAUAGUACUAGGUGGGAGCAUUUUUGUAGAAAAACAUGCAUUGAUACUUUAAAGAUUUAGAUUGUACUCACAAAACUGCCAGUGACUGCACCUAUGAUAUUUCGGUGCAUGUUUCAACAAUGACAAUUAGCAGGUAACGUACAGGGCUAUGACUGGGUCUCUGAUCAUAACCAAGCUCUUAUAAGUUGAAGAACUGGAGGUCAGGAAAGUCAUCUUGAGUGCAGCUUGAACUAGACUUAAUUCUCCUCAGUCAACCAGCAGCUCUUCAUAAUGUGUCCAUAUAUCUAAAAGGAAAGAAAAACUUUGAACCUAUCCAUAACAUACAGCAUUGCCUUUCUUCACCAGUAUAAAAUCCUGCUUUUCAACUUAGCUCUUCUGUAGUUUUCUGUUUUGCUUCUUGUGUUAAGCUUGGUGUGUGGGGAUGUCUUUCAUUUCAUCUCUAGCACUUUUCUAAGAAACAGAGGCAGAAAAACUUUGUGAUGAAAUUUUAUUAUUUUUUCUUUAUGACAUUUCAUGAACACUGCUUUGUUUCCUCAGAGAUGACUCUUAGUGGCCUCCCAUUAAUCAACUUCCACAGUUAUGACCCACAUUCCAAACAAAUUACUUGCAGUGAGUUACCUCAGCCUUUUGAAGUACAGAUUAAUUAAAGUGCAUAUUAAUAAUUUUAUUUCCAAAGAUGAAGACUGACUUGUUCAAAUUCUGGUCACAACCACAAACAGACUCUCUCACUCUCAGGAGUAUCCAGUCUCUCAGCAACAACGGUAACAGCAUCAGCAACCAACUUAGAGGCUGUGGAAACCAUGGUUAUCUGAAUAAACUAAACCUUACAAAAACAGGCUGGAAAGGCAUACAUCAUUUUUUGUCUGCUGAAAUGCUUAUGCCAGUACCUCAGGACAGGUGUACAGCAUGUCACCUUACUCUUCACUGCCAUUAGUUUGCUUUUCUUCCAUUUAAGUUUCUCCAUAAAGUAUGUGCUC